AUGACUCAAACAGCCUCCUUCCACCGCCGCUCCCCUUCUUUGCCUCAUGCCUUGAAGUCAAAGGCUCGUCCAGUCUUGCAUCGUCGAGGAACAUCCAGUGCCAACGUCUCCAUCUCUAAACUGGGCUCGGGACAAAGGGGUGUGAGCAAACCGUCUUCGGACGAUACCGAAUUUGAUAUGGCCAGCUUCCUGAACUUUUGCGCCAUGUGCGAGAACCAGAUUACUGUCCCCAACAACACUUUGUUAUAUUGUAGCGAAAGUUGCCGCCGCAAAGACUCCUGCAAACCACUCUCAGCAUCAUUACCUUCAAUGUCCUCCAUGUCUUCUAUGUCUUCCACCACACCACCCACAUCUCCACCUCUCUCGCCACGCAUCAUCGUGGCUCCAAUGACCCCAACCAGGGUACCUAGUAACCCAAUCUCGGCCGUCCGGAUAUCCAACCACGUGCAUGAUGCCAUGUCAGAUCUCGACCCCACAGAGUGGAAGCCUGUAUUACCGCGUAGCGCCUCAUCCUUGGCAUGCUCCGACGCAUGGAACUACCUCUCUCAGUUCCACCGCUCCAGCGAGCCCAUGCUGGCCCGGCCCGUUGUGCACCGCAGCACUUCCAGCCUCCCCACGCUGGCCGGAGGUACUGCUCACAGCCACGUGCCCUGUCUGACCAGCACCCCGUCCACCGUGGCCUCGUCCUUCAGCAGCACGGCCUCCGACUACCUGGGCAUGUACGAGGCCCAGCGGCCGCUACCUCCGCGCCACAACCCCUACUUCUCCGGUACGAGUGUGACCAAGGGCGUUGAGCUAGUCGUCCCGCACAUCGCUUCUGCCCAUGAGGAUCUCGGCCCCGUUGGUGUAUCCGACAGCGGCUCUAUCUUCCCCGCCAGCAGUGCAGUGUGGGAAGAUGCCUCGUACGAGAAACGAUCUGCGCCCAUCAAAAUGGGGUGGAGUAUUGGCGGCCGGCCCGCCGAGACCUGCAUGAAGAAUUGA